GCAGAGAAAGAAGGCUCAGCUGCGCCUGCACUCGCUCCUUCUCGUUCUCGUCAUCUCUCGAUGUCGGCAACUUGGGCCUUCAAUUUGCACUCGAGUGCGUCGUUUUUUUAGUCUCCGGAAGAGACGAGGUGUGCGUCGAGAUCCGGCGUUUGUCAGCGACGCUUCUCGUGCGUUCUGCAGUUGUGGCGUGGGGCAUUGUCGCGCAUUUACUGCGUGGCAUUUGUUGCUGAGCGAGCAGAAUUUGAAGCCGGGGUGUGGUGCCGGAGGAGCAUUCGAGGUCUCUGUGCCCGUGGAUCGAUCGAUUGCGUCGGGGCAUCUGCCGGAGCAAGGCGUGGCAAUUGGAGAGCUCCGCCCGGCGCGCUGACGAGAGGUGGAUUUUGCUGGAGAGUUUCGGAGCGCCGAUUGGAUGCUUUGCUUGGUUGAUUCUCAGAGUGUUUGUGCGGACUCUGGCAGCGAAUUUUGUCGGUGCCGAGGAUAGAUGUUGGAAAAGAUCGGGCUGCCGGCGAAGCCGUCAGCCAAGGGCAAAACAUGGGUCAUAGACGCGUCGUCAUGUCAGACGUGUCAGGGAGCGUUCACUAUGUUCAAUCGCAAGCACCACUGUCGCAGAUGUGGAGGAAUUUUCUGUGGCAAUUGCACGAGUCAGAGAGCAGUCUUGCGUGGGCAAGGAGACGCCCCUGUUCGAAUUUGCGAUCCUUGCAAGAAGCUGGAAGAAGCUGCUCGAUUUCAGCUGCGAAACAGAGGCAAGAAAGGUGCCAAAGCAGCCAGCGCUGCAGAGGAUGACUCAUUGCUCAAGGAAGUUCUAGGUGGUGAUGUACACGCCCUUCUGUCUGGAAGGCAUGAACCGGGGGACGAUGAACUCAAUGACAAUAGCGCAGUUGCUAAAUCUGCCCAUAGCAGCCAAAAUAGUAGUGCACAUGUCUCUCCUUCGAAAGAGGUAACAGAAGAACAUCAAGAAGAGACUCACUUCACGCCAGAAGAAUUACGAAAUCAAGCCAUUGAGCAGAAAACGCUGUACACCGGUCUUAAAAAAGAGGGUAAACACGCAGAAGCCUUACAAGCUUACAAGCGUUUCAAGGAGCUCGGACGAGAAGCAGACGCUCUCGAACUUUCUCUCAAGAAGAUUCAACGCAAGGCCACCUUAGAAGCGAGUCAAAAACUCAAGGAAUCUCCUGAAAGUGCCAAGGACAAGGGACAUAUGGGUACAUCAGAUGCGAAUGUGAAGGAUCAAUCACAGGAUUUGAAGAGGGGGAGGUUGUCCAGCAAGGAUAGCGGAGAUGACGAUCUUCUCAAAACACUUAAGGAUCUUGGCUGGGACGACGCGGAUCUCGUCGAGAAGAAACCCAAGAAAGGUCCAACUUCUGACCUCGACUUACUCGCGGAAAUCAGCGACGGUUUGCCAAAGGAAGCAAGUGCAAAAAAGCCGGCAAAGGAAAGUCCAACUCAACUUGAAAUUUUGGCUCAUAAGAGGAAAGCUCUGGCUUUGAAGCGGGAAGGGAAACCUGCCGAAGCUAAAGAGGAACUUAAGAAAGCCAAAUUGCUGGAGAAGAAGCUGGAAGAGAUGGCAAUAUUCGGGGAUGAGGACGACGACGACGACGCGGAUGACGAUGAUCUGGCCAAGUUGAUGCGGAGCUUGGAAAAAGAAGCAAAACUGGAUUUGGGAAAAGGGAAAUCCGGACAGGUUCCAGUCGACUUCUCGGUACCGUCCUUUUUGGCUGACGAUGACGACGCCCAUGUAGAUGUCACGGAUGACGAUAUUCAUGAUCCCAGCAUGGUCGCAGCCCUUAGAGAAAUGGGAUGGGAGGAGGAAGCAGCAGCCAUGGAAAGAUCCCGAGCUCCCUCUACAAGCGGUCCUGAAGCCAUGCACAUUGCUGCAUCGGUUGCUUCGGAGUCGCGUUUGCAAAGUGAGAUCCUGACGGUCAAGCGACAGGCCUUAGCACUCAAGCGGGAAGGCAAGAUUGCGGAGGCCAAAUCCAAACUCCAGGAGGCCAAAACCCUCGAGCAACAGCUGGAAGUAUUGAGGAGGCAGCCGCCUGUACCCACAGGACCAGCUCCUGGGAGGGCAAGCGUCAAGGAUGCAACGCAGAUGAAAUUAGAAGACAUUCUGGACGAUAAAGACGAUCCUGUAGAUGUUGAUGAGGAAGACGAGAAGGACCCCGAGAUACUGGCUGCUCUGAGAGCCAUGGGGUAUGUAGAGGAUGAAACUGCACCGCCUUUGCAGACCUAUGUAAAGCCGGGCCCUCAGGAGAAGAAGAGCCUGCAGGACGAGAUUUUGGCAGUCAAAAGAUCUGCACUGGCCUUAAAAAAGAGUGGGAGAAUCGCAGAAGCCAAGGAGGAGCUUCGCCAGUCUAAGGUUCUCGAACAAAGGUUGGAGAAACUUACUGUAGAGUUAGAGGCCGAUGGCCUGCCUAAACCGAUCACAAUAGGGAGCAAGUUCGGGAAGCCAACACAAAUUCCAGCCUUGCCGUUGUCUCAGAUGGGUUAUGUUUCGGCGGACGAAGAAGAGGAAGUUGAGGUCAGUGCAGAAGACUUCAUGGACCCUGAAUUGGUUGCAGCUUUGAAGUCCGUCGGAUGGCAAGAGGAAGAUACCUUCGCCAAAGACAAGGAACCCGAGAAUGUAGAAGAACCAGAUAGUCCACCAGCCCCCGUGCAACCUUACAAGCCAGUAAAGUACACAGCGAGGGAUCAUCAGAGGAAACUGCAGUUACAGAGAGAUCUGCUUUCUCACAAGCGAAAGGCGCUGACCUUGAAGCGAGAAGGGAAGGUCGAGGAGGCCAAGGCGGAGCUCAAGCAGGCCAAAUUAGUGGAAAAGGAGAUGGAAGAGAUUGAGAAUGCGGCAACUGGCUCGGUCGAAUCAGCGGAUGAGAAGUUGCUCCAGAAGUCUAGGAGCAAAACGAGCAGUCUUCCAGAAACCAUAGCUUAUGAGUAUGAAGACGAUGAAGAGGUGACAGAUGCAGACAUGCAAGACCCAGAGAUGCUUGAGGCCUUGAAAGGCUUCGGCUGGAAGCCUGAGCCCGAUGCGAAGGAGGUCAACAAAUUUUCUAAGUCGUCUUCUUCAGCUCUGCCUGCCCUCGCAAGACUCGACAAUAAUGUGUCACUCAAAUCCGUCCUGGACUCUGGGAGAAUGCCUGAAGCAACCCCGAAAGAAGUCGGGCGCUUUGAUACAAGCAGAAGUGGAAGCAGAAAGUACGAGAAUCCACCGUAUGUCAAGGAGCCUACAGUGGAUGUGGCGCCAGAUCCAAUUUGGCAAUCCAUAUUGAAUUCUUCCAGCAGAAAUCUCAACGAGCGCAAUGAAUCGGUUAAGAGCGAGAGCCAUGUGAAGGAGGUGCAAAGAGGAACGUCAUUUAGAACGAAUAUGGGUCCACCAGUAGAUGCUACCGCACCCUUUUUCGAUCAUCCAACAUCAGAUACUAGUGGCAAUCGUAAAUCUUCACGGCAGGGAUCCUUGGAUCUGCUAAGUGGUGAGACUUGGAGUGCACCGACUAAGGAGGUCCCUGUUGAAAGUGAUAGUGAUGAAGAUGAAGAUCUCUUUGAUCCAGACAUGUUGGCUGCUCUCCAAAGUAUAGGGAUGGCACCUCCAAGUAUGAAAACAGGAAAAAGACCACAAGCGGAGUCAUCCGUUGCAAAACAGCCUAUCCCCAUAGUGUCUGUAAAGGAUGAGUUUCCUGCACCUUCUGCAAAAGGCGAUCGAAGGGAAAUGGUGGGAAACUCGUCGCCGAUGUUUGAAGCUAAGGUCGACAACGUUGCUAGUGGGAGCCUUUCGCUUAGUCGUCCAACUGUUAAUAGUGAGGCUCGUAUUAGUGAGGCCCGUGCCGAGGCUGCAGCUCCUAUAGCUGGGCCUCCUCCACCGAAAGCGGAAACAUCUGACUUGCAGGACGAAAUCAAGAUGCGGAAGCGGAAGGCGGUCGCUUAUAAAAGGGAAGGAAAACUCUCAGAAGCAAGGGAGGAGCUGAAGCAAGCGAAAUUGCUGGAAAAACAGUUGGAAACACAGACUUCUAUCCCGGAUGAGAAUUUCAAGUCAGUUAGUGCCCCUGUUCCACCAAUUCAACCUCCACCGAGAGUUCAUUAUGAGACUCCCCCUCCUCCUUCCGCCGCACCAGUUGUUUCACAAACCCACAAACAACAGAUGCAGCAGCAGGUCCGUCAAGGGAAGGAUAGAAUGAAGCUCCAACGAGAGUCUUUGGCUCACAAGAGGAAAGCUCUAGGUCUAAGACGAGAAGGAAAGCUGGAGGAGGCAGAGGCAGAAUUCGAGCUCGCCAAGACCUUGGAGAAACAAAUGGAGGACCUGGAUCCAUCCAAGCCAGCACAUGAUGAAGGGGACAUGGGUUUGGUAGAAGACCUGCUCGAUCCACAGUUGAUGGCAGCUCUGAAGGGCAUUGGUUGGAAUGAUGGGGAUUUCGCUGGAGGUAAUUCUACUAAACCAGCUAGCAGUCCACCUAGCGUUUCCAGAAUCACUCAAUCCUCGAAUUCAGAGAUGUCAACAAGCAGGCAAUCGAUUUCAACAUUAAGCAGCUCUAAUGAUGGAAGGUCUAACAUCAGUAAUCAGCAACCUGCAAAAAGGGGUCCAGUCAGCUCUACCUCUAGUAAUGCUUUUGAAGACAGAAGUGCAAGUAUCAGUCAGCCACCUGCAAGACGUGCACCUCAGGCAACAACAACAGCAGCACCUGCUGAAAUUCAAGACACAAGACGUGUUAAUGAAGGUGUCUCAGCCAGGCCCUUGCCUAGCAGGGUUCAGGAGGAAAAGAAGCCAUCGGCAAGUGUAGGUGCACCCAGAUUAUUUUCUUCCAAAGCACAGGAAGAGAGGAAGAAGCUGGAGGACAGAAUAAAACAGGAGAAGGUAAGGGCAGUGGAACUGAAAAGAGCUGGUCGGACAGGAGAAGCACUGGAUGUGCUUCGAGGUGCGAAGCAGAUGGAGAAGCAACUCCAAAGUAUGCCCUAAUGAGCUUUCUUCAACAUUGUCAUUGAAUUGGUCCUAACGAACAUAGUUGUCGUUCUUCUGCCCUCACAUUUGGUGGGGCAGCUUGCAAGUACAUUUUCUACCCUGUUGUGCACUUAUUCACUAUCAAAACUCGAGGUAACUAGGACGUAUCUCCUGUGUAUAAUGUAAGGGAUGAUUGAUAUAGUGAUAGGUUGUUUUGUCUUCUUCAAAGGAUUCCGAUACUUUGUGUAUAGAGUGCAAGAAUGCACAAUCAUACAGGUCCAUAGAUUGAUCGGUUGGUGAUGGACGGCGCCACUGGAGGAUGACAUCAUCUGAGUCAUCGACACUGUCACGGAUGUACAUAUUGACAAGUAAACUUACGUUUGCAAUUUGCAAACGUUCAUAUUCUGAGCAGCCUCUAAAGCCAGGUCAACCAUUUGAACUUGCAUGAAGUCAUGAGUUAAUUGAAAACCAUGAUGUGAAGUUUGAAGCUGGAAUCCCCUUGGUUACUCUUUAUCUUUAGACGUACAAGUGGUCCUCAUG